UUCAUCGGCUUGGUGUAGCUGGGAGAUAAGGGAACUGAGCUGGUGGCGGCGGGAAGCCAUUGAAUAAGUGGCCCAUCAUAUAAUAUUUAUAGCCCGCCUUAUAUACCCUAACACAGCCCGCCAUCACAAACAUGUUCGAGGCACGCUUAGUACAAGGCUCCAUCCUCAAAAAGGUAUUGGAGGCCUUGAAAGACUUAAUCGAUGAAGCCUGUUGGGACAUCACGUCUAGUGGCAUCAGCCUGCAGAGCAUGGAUUCUUCCCACGUCUCACUGGUCCAGCUGACCCUCCGUUCGGAUGGGUUUGACACUUACCGCUGUGAUCGCAACCAGUCAAUUGGCGUCAAGAUGAGCAGCAUGUCAAAAAUCUUGAAGUGUGCGGGCAGUGAGGACAUAAUUACUCUAAGGGCAGAAGAUGAUGCUGAUACAGUAACAAUGGUGUUUGAAUCUUCAAAUCAAGAGAAGGUUUCAGACUACGAGAUGAAGUUGAUGGAUCUUGAUGUAGAACAGUUGGGCAUUCCAGAGCAGGAAUAUAGCUGUGUUAUAAAGAUGCCUUCUGGUGAGUUUGCACGUAUCUGCCGGGACCUCAGUCAGAUUGGAGAUGCUGUUGUAAUAUCCUGUGCAAAAGAUGGAGUCAAGUUUUCUGCAAGUGGCGAACUGGGGACUGGAAAUGUGAAGUUGUCACAGACCUCAAAUGUUGAUAAGGAGGAGGAAGCUGUGACCAUAGAAAUGAAUGAACCAGUCCAGCUUACGUUUGCACUUAGAUAUUUGAAUUUCUUCACAAAAGCUACACCGUUGUCCCCAACAGUAACUCCCAGCAUGUCUGCAGAUAUACCACUUGUUGUGGAAUACAAAAUUGCAGAUAUGGGACAUAUCAAAUAUUAUUUGGCUCCAAAGAUAGAAGAUGAAGAAGCCGCAUAACUCUAGUUUAGUCUAUUUUUAUAUAAAUAUUAUCCAAACAGCCCUUUAUGACUGAUACUUGGUAACUGCUUUUGCCUUGGUACAGUUUAUUGUAAGUGCAGAGGUCUACACCAUAAUGUA